AUGUCCCUGGGCCCCAUGGGUUCAGUUCGGAGUUGGGAGACCGUGCUAAUAAUCCUGCACAUGCUGCUCCGUGCGGUCUCUGGAUCGUACGUGCUACACGUGGAUGUUUCGCAGUUUGAAAGACCCCUGAAGCACUUCUGGAAAAGCACUGGCUUCUGUCCUCCUCUACCUCACAGCAGAGCGGAUUUAUUUGACCUCAGUAAAGACCAAGAGCUGAACCUUGCAUAUGUGUCUUCGGUACCACAUGGCGGCAUUGAACAAGUUCGAAUUCACUGGUUACUGGAACUAAUUACCGUGGGAGUGGCAAAUGGAAAACUUCACUACAACUUUACCAGUCUGGAUAACUUGAUGGAUCUUCUCUGGAAAAACAAACUCAUUCCAGGAUUUGAAUUGAUGGGAAGCCUUUCAGGAUACUUUACAGAUUUUGAAGACAAAAAACAGGUUAUAAGAUGGAAGAGCCUAAUUGCACUUCUGGCCAAGAGAUACAUAGAUAAAUAUGGAUUGGAACAUGUUGCCAAAUGGAAUUUUGAAACUUGGAAUGAGCCAGAUCAUCAUGACUUCGAUAAUGUGUCAAUGAGUGUCAAAGGGUUUCUCAAUUAUUACGAUGCAUGCUCAGAAGGGUUAAGAGAAGCUAGUUCUUUACUGAAAUUUGGAGGCCCGGGAGAUUCUUUCCAUCCAUUCCCAAAGUCGCCCAUCUGCUGGAGUCUUCUACAUCACUGCUACAAUGGAACCAACUUCUUCACUGGAGCAACUGGUGUGAGGUUGGACUACAUAGCCCUACAUAAGAAGGGAGCUGGAAGUUCUCUUCACAUCUUAGAGCAAGAAACAGAAGCAAUGGAACAAAUUCAGAAGUUGUUCCCAAAUUUCACCUCGGUUCCUAUAUACAAUGAUGAAGCAGACCCACUGGUUGGAUGGUCAGUUCCACAAACGUGGAGAGCUGAUGUGACCUAUGCAGCCAUGGUGGUGAAGGUAAUCAUCCAACAUCAAAACCUGCUCAUUUCCAAAGCCAACAACACUAUCAACUACACUUUACUGAGUAAUGACAAUGCUUUCAUGAACUACCAUCCCCAUUACUUCACCCAGAGAACACUGACUGCCCGAUUUCAGAUGAACAACACAAAGCCACCUCAUGUCCAGAUGGUGAGGAAGCCUGUGCUGACUGUAAUGGGAUUGCUGGCACUGCUAGGGGAAAACCAAGUUUUUGCAGAUAUUAUCAGCAAAGACGAAAGUGCCGACACCGACACUGUUGGCGUACUAGCCACCGCGCACACUCCUGCUGAGCUACAGCCGUCAGACAGCUGGCAGGCCACCAUACUGAUCUACGCUAGUGAUGAUAACCAGACAUCCUCUAACAUCAGUGCUGUAACAGUGAACAUUACCCAUUUCCCCAGGCAUGCAGAUCUUGUGUAUGUGACAUACUACCUGGACAACAACCUAACCAAUCCCUAUUUGGAGUGGAAGAAAGUAGAAAGCCCUGAUUUUCCUUCUGUAAAGCAAUUCCAACAAAUAAGGGAUGCCGAGGACCCGGUGGUGACCGGACCAUUCCCAUUUCCUGGGGAUGGCCGCCUGAUCUUGAAACAGGAACUCCCACUUCCAUCGGUCUUCCUCAUCCAUGUCUGUGCAAGACCUCACUCUGUUCCCAAUCAAGUGGCAGGCGUUUACUUGAUCCCUCUGACAAAGGGGCAGGUUGCAGUACUUUGGGACGAUGACUGCGUGGCUUCAAGAUGUCUGAAAACAUAUGAAGUUGAGUUUUCACCGGACGGAAAAGCAUACCGACGGAUUAAUGCCAGAGACACGAUCUUCACUCUCUGGGUCUACAGUCCAGGAACCAAGGUCUCGGGCUUUUACAGAGUGCGUGCCGUCGACUACUGGAGCAAGCCAGGCCUCUUCUCCAUUCCUGUGCAGUACAUUGAAGCUCUUGCAUGAGUGCAAAACUGCCCAACAGUCAGGAGAGAAAUCUGCAUCUGUCUUCAGCACAUAGCAGAGUGGGGUUAUGGUGCUGCAAACAACAACCCUAUGAUGAAACCCCAGCCUCACCAGUAAGGGAAUUAGUGGGUUAGCCUACAACAUUGCACUCCUGUUCUUGCUACUAACCCUUUGGAGCCUGAAGACAAGUAUCGUCCCAAACAGUGUUUAAAAGUGAAGAAGAAAUAACUGGGCCUUGGCCUGGCCUCUUAUAUGCUGGUGGAACUCAAGUGGUUGCAAUAGAGCUAGUCCGCCCGAAUGCUGGGGGUAACAGGAGCCUGGUGUCAAUGUAUGGAGUCAGGGCCAAUAGUUCAUGCCCCUGGGCCUGGAGGACAGUGUUCUCCUGCGAGGGGAGGUGCGGCUGGGUCUGAAUUUCCUCACCUGCUGUGCAGUACUGGUUGGAUGUGGGUUACUGGCCGGCUGGGCUCCUGCUGGGCUGAACGCUGCCCAAUGAGUGAACACAACAGCCUCUUCUGCCCUCCUGGGGCUGGAGUUCUUCUCCCUGGCUCCCAGGGAUUAGUACAGUCCCUUUCCCUGGAGGAUUCUGGGACUUCAGUGCAGUCUGUUGUCCCUCUAUAGCAGGGAGUACAACGUUGCUCAUCCCUUUGAGCAGCAGCUUCCAGGCAGCCAUUUGCUCACUCUUGGGCCCUUGCCUGCAUGAGCAAAGUCCUUCUGCCUCAGGGAGCUGCGGAUACCUUCCCCCUGCCCAGCAGGGCAUCACCAGCACAGACCCUGGCCUCUUUCAUUUUCCCUUUUGCUCAGAAGCCACCUUCAAGCCACCUUCCCUCACUGGAUGUUCACCCCCACUGGUCUUCUCAGGCCCCGUCACGGUCCCUCACAGCAGGGAAUCCCAUAGCACGAGCUCAGACCUGGGUCCCUGGAGAGUAUCCCCAGACAGCUGCUGUUCUCACCUCACCUUCCUUUACACUGCACUUUUAAAUCCUACUUCCCUCUUCCCAGCAGGCCUUGCUUCCUUCCAGUCACAUGCUCAUGCUGCUGACUACAACCCCCAGUGUUCCUUGCCUUAAACAAACCAAGGCCUUGUGACAGAAAUCAUGGUCUAUGGCUAUCCUCAUGGCCAGCAAAAUGUUUGUUAGAGAGGAUCCAGUUAGAGGGUUUUGUAAAUUUAUCAGAUUUGGGCAUUACAUGCUUUUGUAUGUGACAGAUGGCUGGUAAUGGACAUGUUUUAACUAGAAAAUGUACACUUGGAAUGGUGUAUUUUACAGCAGAUUAUAGCCUCACACAAAACAAAGGAGUUAUGAAUAUUGAGUUCAGUAGAGCUGGGCAAUAGUUGUCAGACUAAAUUUUUUCACCAAAAUACCAAAAAUGGGUAUUUGGGUCAAACAAAACAUCGCAUGAAUUUGUGUCAAAUUUGCCAGAUUGUUUUGGUCAGAAAAGAAAACAAACAAAAAACCAAACAUAUUUCAAAACAAAACAUUUUGACUUGGAUUCAAAACAACUUUGUUCUGAAUUUUGCUUCAGUUUUAUUUAAAAAGGUAAAAACUCCAACAAAACAAAGUGUAGUUUGACCUUGAUCUGAAAGAUUAGCUUGGUGUGGCCCCCAAACUGAAAAAUCUGCUACUUUGCACAGUUCUAGGUGAGAGCUCAGUGGGUUUAAUCUGGCCCCUCAUAAUUGGAGCACUUUGUAUUGUGUUUUCGAAGUACUUAGAGAGGGAAAGAUCACUGCAGUGAAAAGAGCUAGACUAUUUUACAAUGGAGGAACAAGCCUCUGUUAUGAACAUAUUCUCUGUGAUGAUAUAAAAUACCUCGCCAGCAUAACAAAGCAUGCAUACUUGAAUUGCAAUAUGAAAUCAGCUGUACAGUAAAUUGGAGGAAGCAUUUGGCAUUGUGGAUUCAAGGGUGAUUGGUCCACCUCCACAUUUGAGUGUCAGGAUUGUGUCACUGCCAUCAGCAAUCCCCCCACCAGCACCCCCGGAUAUGUGUUUUGUAUCGCUACUUCAUUGAUUAUAGGCCUAGGUAACAACCACUAAGAUGGAGUUAAGAUGGUUGAGAGCAGAGGUCAUGUACUCCUUGUACACGGUAGGUUGCAGGACCUCUACUAGCAGGUCAGACUCUUGUACAAGAUAUGGACUGGCUACAGCACUUCCACCAUGGAGAGAGAUACCAGAGAUGUGUUCUCUUAAGUAUACAAUGCACUGCCAGGUCUGGCUGUUCCCAGCUCAGGAAAGGUAUGUUAUACAUGAGACCACCUAGUAGCUGAACAUUAUAAUACCGUGUAAGCAUUCCAUCGCCAUAGAUCUCAGUAAUUCAGAGGAAAAUACGCUAUAGGGAUGUUAUACGUGUUCCCAUACAGAUCAUCAAAACCAGAAAAGACAGUUACCAUUAAACUUAAAAGAAAUUCAACAAUGUUAAUGCAUAGAAAUGCAGAGUUAAGGCACCUUAAUUCUGCAUCCUGAAGUGAGACCAUGCCAAGAGGGCAACUCUUAGUCUUCAAAAUAAAUUAUCUUAUCAGGGGCCGCAAGCACUACAAUACCUUAAUCAAGGUAGGCAUUUGCCAUGGUUUCAGCUGAAGGAGAAUUUAAGUUCAGAAUAGGGGGGAGCUGACACUGAAAAAAACUAAAGUGUUGCUCAUGCACAAGAGUUCAGUGAGUUAACUCCAUGGGAAGCUAGAGGAGUCUGACAGGGCAAAAUUAAAGUUGAGUGGUUGCCCUAACUAUGCACUUCCAUACCUUAAAAUACUCCUGCCUCUUCCUUCUUGCCAUACACCUCUGUGUGCAUACAACCCAAAUCCCUCCCUCUCCUGCACCUCUAACUAUACAUACUUACCCCCGAAUACCUCCCUCCUGCCUGUAUGACCUCUUGAGUAGCUCUGGAAGCUUUUGAAAAGGUACUUAAUGAUAAGUUGCCAUUGUUUUCCAUAACUGAAAGUUUGUCAUGAAGAAUGGCCCAUAUUCCGAAUGGCCAUUCGUUGUUCUCAGAAUGAGCAAAGCAACAUCUGCCUGGAGGGAGGUGGGGGGCCUUCUGUGCUGUGGCAAGUUGGCAAGUCCAUGACGAUGAAAUGGUAGCCACUUGGAAAGAGGGCAGCUCACUCUCAUGUCUCUCAGCCUCUGCUGACCAAGGAAUAGAAUUCUAGGAGCUUGACUGUAAUCCACAGAUGGAGCAGCUAACACUUCUCAGACUAUUCUACUUCAAAGGGCAAGUGUCUUUCAAAUCCUUAGCUAAAUGCCACAGCAGAUGUAUAAUGCCAUAGGCUGGUUCAUGUUUAUAGGAAGGCUGGCUUAGCCAGUGAAUUCCAUAGGGUGUUUUUUCUUUAUAAGUUCUGUAAUAAUGAAACUAUUAUGACGUUCCCGUAAGGAUCCAUCACAGGCUCCCGCUCUUUGAAAUUCUAUCCUGAACUGUUACUCUAGUAUUUCCUCCAUCCUAUACACUGCUAAGAGCUGUAGUGAAUUUCCCCUCCCCCAGUGCUUCCUGGCUUAUAGACCUGGGGGAUUCCAGGAAUGGUGAGCCCUGAAUGGGAGUUGCAGGUGGUUAGCAGCUCUGAAAGCUCAGGCUUGGGGUUACCAUACUUCAAACAUACUACUGUAGCUUUUGCUGCAUGGAAAAUUUCAGCCCAGGUGGGUAAAAUGUAAAAGCACUGAAAACAGCUACUAAAAUGAGAAGUGUCCAGCAACCUUCACCAUAGGCAUUGCUACCCACUCUUCCUAUAAUGCUUUUUAUUAUGUAGGCUCCUGCUGGGGAAUCCCUGAGCCCCCAGGAUGGUGGCACCCAUAUUCCUCCCUCCCCAGGGCCUCAGUGACUCACCAUAAGAGCAGUGGGUGUGAGGUUCUUUGUGCACCAUGCCUUCACCUGUGACAGACAACUGCUGUGAUUUCUAGGACAUCCCGGUUUAUUGUGAGAGGGGUAUCAAAGACAGUAGAGAAGGAUAAACAAUGUUUGAUUCUUGUAAAGGAUGGGGAUAAAUUAAAAGACUAGAAAGGGAAUUGGCUCCAGGAUGUCAAAUAACUGACCCAUCCCAUUGCACUCUGAAACAUGCCCACUAAAAAUAAUGCAUAGGCUCCCAGUCUCCCCCUUCCACAGGCUUAGAUGGCUGGUGGAGCUGGAUGUGAAGGGUGGGUGUCCCUUGCUGGGACACUGACAGCCCUUGCUUCUGGCUGCAGUGGCCCCCUGGUGCUUCAAGUCCUGGCCCCUGGCAUAGGGGUCUGCAGGGCACAGCGGGCACUCAGUGCUCACCGGUGCAGUCGAGUGUUGGGGCUCAGUUGCGGCCUGGGAGAUGUAAGUAAUGCCAAUCACGGACUAAACACUUUGUUCUCGCUCCCUGUCUGCUGAGGUAGUUCAGUGUUGGUGGGAUUAUUUAUCUGCUUAGCAGAUUUGUUAAUAAAGGGACUUGUGAUAAAUUGCAGUUGUUUCUCCAGUGCCCCUUGGGUCUCUUAUUCUAAUACCACUGGUGAUAAUUUUCCACGUGCUGUAGCUGUGUAGGAGACUGAACUCUUACCAACCACUGGAGUCUAAGAAAUUAAUCCAUACUCAAUACAGCAAUUGGGCCAUACCCAGGUCCUAAUUAUGUAUGAGCAUUAAAGAUCCCAGUUUUCCAGAAGGUGGCAUAUUGGUCCAAGGGUCUUUGCCAAAGGCUAAACUUCCUUUAGUUAAGACUUUAGCUUGUCUAAUCAAUUGAGAUGGAGUCCUAAGUUGACACAGCUCAUCCCUGAUAUUACCUUAAAGGACAGAGAGGCGAUUAGUAAGGUGUUAAAUCAUUCCACUGACUAUUGCAUUAGUCCAGCAUGACCAGAUGGACUGCGUACAUUUAUUCAGAACACGUGACAGUAGUUUACAUACAGGUUACUAGUGUGUAUCUAAAUUGUUUUCCGGUCAGUGGUAUCUAUGCAUUUCAUACUCCGGUUUUCAUACUGCCCAUAGCUAUAAAAAUAUGACCUUUAGCAAUCUUUCUCCCCUUCCUGACAAUUGAAGACUCCCUUUGGAGGGCAGUGAGCAGACUGCUAUCCUCAACUAGCAUACGUCUAUUACAGCUAAAUAUCAGAGGCAAUGCAGACUAGGGCCUUGGGGAGAACAAACCGCUUACCCUUUAAGGAGAGCUCACCACAUUCCUGGUGCACUAUCCACACUCAAGCUAGAAGAGCCUUUAACAGGAAUUUAUAUGCUAUUUGCAACCAAACUUUUCCCCAAUUGUUCCCAACUGCCAGCAAACUGAAAAGUCAGUCAUUUGCCAAGCGCUAGGCAGUGCCAGUAUUUUACCAUGCACUUUGAUUUAGCUGCAGUCUUAUCCCAAGUAAUUACUAGAUGCCCUUGCUACAGGAUUGCACGAGUCAGCAUAACGUGGUGGUAUAUCAAGUCAGUGGGUUUAGCUUUCUUCACAGAAAACCACUAACAUCUGAGGAUCAGUCAUGUCCCAUGGAAAGGGAAUUGUGUGACUGAGAAAUGCCUUUUCAGGCCCCCACCCCCAUCUUCCUAAGAGGAACGGUCUACUACCCAUUACUUCUCUGACUCUGCACAGACAAAAGCAACUCCUUGGCACAAAACCUAUUGUUCCCCAGAUGAUGAGACAGGAGGGUGGAGGAAGGUGGUGGGAAGAAUUUUGAUACCUACUGUUAGGACUAGUAGCCAGGAGCUUGGAUCAAGCAGCUGCACAGGGCUUUGAUGAGGCUGAGCUUGUUCAACCCUUAAGAGGAACCAGGGAUUCAGUAUUCUGAGCUUUUAGGAAGCCAGCCUCUCGUGUGAUCCUAUAUUGUGUUCUUAGUUUGAAUUUGUUUGAUGCCAGUUGUCUGACUAGAAAUACCCAGCACAAUGGGACCCCAACCCCAGUUGGGGCAUUCAGCACUAAUAUUUACUAGCAGUAAAUGUUCUACCAUAUUAACUUGGAAUGAGAGGAUCACACUGUAUCAGUCUCACAUCAGACUUCUUGGCCCAUCAGGCUCUGUUACUUAAAAGUUAAAAUAGGAGGCUAGGUUAAAUGAGACAGGCAGUAGAUAGCAAAAUUCAUGUUUAGAGGUUUCUUUAAAAACAUAUCACGUUAACGUUAUUCCUUUGAAAAUUGCAGUCGAAUUACAAAAAAAAUAACAUUUUAACAUGUUUUUCAGGAAAAAAACAUUGGUCCAAACUAUUUGAUUUUUUAAGAGAAUGACAACUUCAAGACCCAGAGAUCUAGUUUCAGGUCUUAAAAAUAGGAUCACGAGUGUAAUUCCUUAGCAGGCACCUGCAAAAGGAAGGAAAGAAAGAAAGAAAAUUUUAGUUCAUUUUUUCCAUUCCAUGCAAAUAAAUGUGUGGAAUCAUCACAGUGUUCUGCUACAUUUCUAAUCCUCAGUUCAGCUACAGCGGCAGAAAUUUGGGGGUACUCAUAAAAUAGAGUUCAGGGUUAGUGUCCAAAACUCUCACUUGCACUGUCUGGAUCCUGCUCUGUGCAUGUCUUUACCACAUAAUGUGUUAGAGCAGUCCUUAGCCACAAAGGGCCAUAACCUCAGCCUAGUAUAUCAAUUUAGCACCAGACAUCCUGCCCGGUAACCAGUGCCCCUUUCUCAGCCACAGCCACCAAUGAGCGUACGUAGCCAGAAGCCUCUGGGUCAGCUCUUUGGGUGAACCCGACUAACACUUCCCUGCUUUCUUGCUGUGUACCCACAGCUUGUUUCUGUUUGUUACUCGACUCACACCUGGGCAGCUUAACACUGUUACAAAGUUUGAACCUGCAGACUUUACCCAGGCAAAAUUCCCGUUGACUUCAAUAAGAGUUUUGCCUGAGUAAGGACUGUAAGUCAAGAUCAGGCCCAAAGAUAGCUCCUUACUUUGUGACUGAAUCAGUCCUGUGACUGUCAGUUAAUGAAGCAAUUCAUGUUGGGACCUGUACUCUCAAUGACGCACCUAUUUUUAAGAGGGAGCUGGUUGGUCCCCCUAUAUUUAGGUUAUCUAACACUUUCCAUUUUAAGAGAUUCUUGCAUCCUUCUGACUGGAAAGCUCUCAGCCACUUCAUUGUGUGCAGCAGACCUUUCUUUGAAAAGCAGGACAGGAAUAACACUCUGGCUACUGAAGUACCUUGUCUUCAACCUAUUCAGCUUUCUGGGGAGAUGAACUGCUUGCCACCUUUUCCUCUCCUUUCCAUUUUCAAGAAGAGUUUCAGACAGCAAGCCAGAAUAACCCAACCCAAUAUUCUGGAGAGCCCCAGGGCUGCAGCACACACUGCGCUAGGAAGGGCCAAGACCUGCCAGAGCAGGACUUUGUGGGACUGGGAGGAAGGAAGUGCACAGAGCUGGGCUUCCUCCCCACUCAGCAGGUUGCCUCAGUAGCCCAUGCACCACACAUGGGUUAGUAAGUCCCACACCUCUGGUGGAGGGCGGGUAACCAAGCCAGGCUUCCCGACCAAGAAGUCCCCCUGCCUCCAGCACAUGGCAUCGAAGGGCCAGUUCCCCCACCCCAUGGGCACUGUGUGGGGCUAGAACUUCCCCAGCUCAAAGGACAGAGAACUAGGUGAGGCUGCUCCCCAAGCACCCUCAAGAUCCAGCACAUGACUCAUUAAAACACCCAGAGAAACGGCCAUCUCUUCCUGCCAGCUAAUGCAGUUAGAAGCACAGCUCUAAUUAUAGCAGUCUGUGCUGAAGGUUCAGGCUUCAAACCCUGCUGGCGCCUCACGAUGGGGAGAGGCUGUUAAGUACUGGAAUCUGUUUCUACCUUUUUGCUUUGUACAGGCAGAGAGUCGCAGCUAACUUAGAAGGACUUUAUUUAGGUGGCCAAGUCAAACACUUGAACGUUAGGAAAUGCCAGACUUCCCAUUGCCCAGGCAACCUUAAAUCUGUCCUUUUGUAUGUGUCCACUAGGAUGCUCUAAUGACAUGACAUCCUGUUUUUCCACAGGAUAUCAGCUUCAUUACUGCAUAGGAUGGGGAUGAGGGGCAGAUUUAAGUUUGCACAACCAUAAAUCUGGCAUUUUUAACUUCUAAGUCUUUCACUUUGCAGCCACACUCUUACUUAAUAUUGCACACAAAAGUGCUGUCAAAAGAACUGUUAAUUAGGUUGCAAUGACUUCGUUGUAUUAGGAAAUAUGCAUCUGACUCUUACAGUAAGAGUCUUUUAGUAUCUUAACAUACCUGUCUGCAGCACUGGCUGGAACUGGCCAGACAUGCAAAUCUCUUCCUGCUUCUGACGCACAAUGCGCUGAAUAGCUGGUGGGAGCCCACGAGGGUUGCGUGAGAAGAUAAGGGAGUAUCCAUCAUCACAAGUGCCAUCCUCUUUCAGGCUGCGGCAGGCAUAAGUAAUGGCAUAGUUGUCAUAAUCGGUGUCAAUCACCCAGUAGUUGUCCCCUGAAAUGUUAGAACACCUCGUUAGUCAUGGGCUGUAGGUAGCUACCUAGGUGAAGAUGUCUGAGCACUCCAAUCCAGCGAACUCAAGCUUCACAAGAAUCAGUGGUGGGAAGGCAAGUCAGCAAAUUUCACAGUGUGUGUGCGCAUAUAUGAGUGUGAGUGAAACGACUGGAACAGAUUCCCAAGGGAUGAAGGGUUCUAUCACUCAGAGUCCUGACAUCUGGAUGGAAUGUCUUUCUGUGAGAAAUGCUCCCGUUCAGCCAGGAAUCGAGCUGGAUGCAGUCCACCCCCUGAUUAGCUGUGGUACACAGGAGGUCAGACUAGAUGAUAAUGAUCCUUUCCGACCUUCAACUAUAAAAUCCCUUUUCAACUUCUACCUGGAAUGGGAAGAAUUUCAAUGGUUUUCACCACCAAACUUUUUUUCUUGGCCCCUUUAUGGACCUGCUCCACUGAAGUCUGUCCAAAACACCAUUGGGAAUAAAACUGGAGCUUAGGAUAUAGAAGAUUCACUGAAGCCUCAUUAAACUAUCUUUUUGCACAGGCCUAUUCUUGGAUCAUGGGGUAAUUGAAAGAUAGCUUUGUUUGAUGAAACACAGUUGAGCCUUUCUAAUCUGCACACCAAAUCAUGCCAAACAAGAGUUUAUUACAAUAGUAUAUGUUGUAAAGAGGUUUUUUCCCUAGGUUUUCAUUAACUUGGCUAGAGAUCAAGUAUUAAAAACAAAACUAAUUGUCUAAGUAAUGGGCUUUUUUGCAAUUAGUAUUUUUUAAAAAAUUAUUUCGGUCCUGAUUCUCCAUGUUUAGCAUGCACAGAACUGAUUUCAGUAGGAAUUUUGUGCGAAUAAGGAAUGCAGAAUUGAGCCCUUAAUUGAAAACUCCUGAAUCCAGUAAUUCACUGUGGGAUAUGCAACUGAAAUUAGUGAGGUUCUUCCAUAUGUUAUGGAGUCAUUGGUUGAUACUCUAUAGUUAAGAGGUUGAAUCCCCGCUAUAAUUGCAAAACUCACUUAUGUAUGGAAAGUAUAGUGGAAUUGAUCUAGUAUCUUCUCACAUUACAGCAUUCUCUAAUGACCCAGAAAAAUUAUGUAUUUACUAGAACAUCUGUUAGUUUAGCAAUUCAAAUUAAAAACAGCUCCUUUAUGAAAUUUAGCACCCAUUGUCAGACUUUGCCUCUAAUCUAAUUAACAGACCAAACCAGCCUCUUUCAUUAAUCCUACAAGAGGAGUUUAAAUGGAGACCAGGCACAAGAUUUCAAUGGGUUUGGAUGAAAUGGAGAGGUUGGUCAAGUUUUCCCAUUAGUCGUAAAAUCCUCUAUCUCAGCAGAAGCCGAAUGAUACAAUGAUCAAUUCCAGAAUUCCAUGAAGAACUGCCCUCUCUCCAAAUGACUGCCAUCACCCAUUGUUCUCCAGGGGAUUGAAGGCAUAGCUGCCCUCAGUUUGUGGCCAUUUUGAGAAGGGUGCUAUUGUAAUACCCUCAGUUCUACCAUUUGACAGUAUAGAAAAGUCAAAGUGUUUUGUUUAAGUUAGGAAAAGUAGCAAGAUGCAGAUACAGCCUGUGACACAAGUCUGCCUUUAUCAUGUACACAGAGCCUGAACAGCAAGAAUUCUAGUCCAAGAAUUUGCCUAAAAGUAAUAAAAAUUUAUAAGACUGCUCCAUUAAAACAAAUUAGUCUGAGAAAGGAUUUGGUUUCUCCUUCUAUGGAUUAGGCCAGCUCCUGGAAUUUUCUGUGCAAUUCCACUGCAGGUCCACUAACUACUGAAGUGGCAGCAGUGAUUCUGUAAUUAGGAUGAGUUGAGUUUUGCACUUGAAGUGGAGUUUCAGCAUAGAAGAAGAAGUUAUAUCUUCCCCUAAAUUAUAGCACUUGGCUGAGCACAGAAUUUUCUGGAAAUUUCCCCGUUAAAAUGGGCCCUUUAAGAAAUUUAGAAUCCAGUGUCAGCCUUUUUUGCCGCUAAUAAUCGUAGACUAGCCCAUUUUAAAAAACUUUUCAGUUAAAACAUACUGGAAUCUUGAGUAUAUAGAGUUAUAUUUAUUGUUUUUAGGUUCCAUAGUAAUUUUUUUCUGUUCUCAGUGAAAGUUUCUCCUAAAGCAGAGACUGAAGGGAACAAUGGUAGGCACAGAGAAUUCAGUGAAGAACUUGCCCUCUGUCAAAAUGGCUGCCAUCUCCUCAGAUAUGGUUCGCAGUUUUCCAUUGAAAGGAAUUUGCUGGAAAAAUUUGGUUCCUGCCAAAUUGAAGUUUCCUAUGGAAAAAGUUAGAUUUUGCCAGAGUUUUGCAGUUUUCAAGUGGAAAAUCAAAACAUUUAGUUCUUGGUUGAUUUGAGCUGAGUACAAACUUUUCCGUUUGUUGAACCAAACAGUAAUAUUGGUGUCGAAUCAUCUUGACGCUAUGGCGUAUCUGCAUAAAGUGCAGUGGUGCCUCAUGGGAGUUGUCCUUAGAGUGAUUCAUGCCCCCCAUUCCCUGUGGGCUGGGGCUCACUGACUAAUUGCAUCUCCCAUAAUGUACCAAGAUCUUUCCUAUGACCAUGUCACGUGAUGCUCCAUUGGGGUCAAGGCAUCAAGGAAGAUGUAGUUCAGUCAGGGAGCAAUGAGAGUACGAGUCAUCCAAACGACAACUUCCACGAGGCAAUGUGACAACUUAGCUUAAUGUUGAACUUGUUCAGAACCAAAUGUAACAUUUUAAUAUUUCCAUAUUGAAAUUUCAGAACUUCACGUUCUGCAAGACAUUCUAACACUUUGGCUUUUCACUCUACUAGGCACAAAAACCAAAUGCAAAAUAUCAAUUUCCUGUGAGGUCGAAAUUCUAAAUUGUGCUCAGCUCUGCAUGUUAAUGAGACAAUAUCUCUUACAGAACAGGAGGCACCAUCAGGCAGCUAUUGCUUCACUCAUGUGGAGAACAAUGGGAAAGGGUGGCCAUUCUGAAACGGGCAAUUUGACAAAUUUUGCAGUGAUGACAAGUGGCAAAUAUUGUGAUUAAUCCUAAAAAAAAAAAAAAAAUUCUACAAAAGGUACCUGUUGCACGAGAGCAACUCCACGGGUGCAUCGGGGGCAGGGAAGGGAAAUUAGAGUGUGUGUAUAGGAUAACAGAGAGUGGCGUGCAAGAGGUAACAUUUCCAAUUUAAAAAGCAAGGAGAUUCCCAGAUGAGCAACAUAAAAAUGUAGUUAAGGUUUAGUACUUAUCACCAGUCUAGGGAAACUGCAUUGCUGGGCUGUUAUUAUCUCCAAACCAAGUGUUAUCAGCCCACAAAGUUAACACUCAAGAAAGAAAUCUGAACAUUUUUGGGUAUGGAAGUGCACAGUUAGGGUGCCCAAACAACCUUAUCCCUGUCCGGUCAUGACACCAUGAGGGGGAAAUAAUGAAGAGGUGUAAAUUAUCUAGAAAAAAUAAUCAGUUUAAUCUGGGCCCACAACGACAGUUAAGGCAAAAUAAGUUUGGUAUGGUGUCACUACAGCACACAAGCAUUUCUGCUGAAGGAAAAACUUUCAGUUAUGGAGCGUAACAGGGAAAAGGGGAUCAUUAAUCCUAGCAGAAAA